AUGAUCGAAAUUGAAUCGAUAAUCAACGAAAUUAAGUACAAAUUAAAAAGCAAAAAUGCUGAUGAAAUGAUCGCUGACACAUAUCUCUUAGCAUUUCAACAAGGAAGGAAUCCAAAACAGAAUUUUGGAUAGAACUUAGAGUUGAUCAAAAACUUAAGGCAAUUAAUAGAUAUGCAAGUGUAUACAAAAGAACAAAUUACAAAUCUAUAUAAUCGGGUUUUGAAUGGCAAUCAAGAUCUUCUUUAAUUGUGCAAUCGAAUCGAAUAGAACACACUUAAGUAAGUCAAUUUGGCUAUUUAGAAUCCAGCAAUCAGAUGA